CAUAGGUAAAUCUCAGUCAGUUUUUAGAUCCUUGUGCCUCCUAUUUCUAGUGGUAAGUUUCUUUGUCGUUAUAGCAUUUAGUAUGCCGAGGAAGGAUAGGCGGUCAGUUAUCGCUUACGUCGAAGAUGACAAAGAGCGUGAUGUCACGUUCUUCAAGCGGCGCGGCGGCUUGUUCAAGAGUGCUGCUGAUCUUUCUGUUGUGACCGGUGCUAGGGUUGCUGUCGUCCUUGAGACGGAAACUGAGAAGAUGCAUUCCUUUGGUACGCCAUCUGCUAACCCCAUUGCUGAUGCUUUCCUAUCAGGAGCACCACUAGAAAUUCUACUUGCCGAUGAGGCAACAACUACUAGAAUUGCACAGCUACAAAGUGAGGUGGCUCGUCUAGAUCUUAAUUGCAUGAGAGAGUAUAAGGAAAACCAACUCUCUAUCGAGCAUAUGAAAAAGGUCCAAGAGGAGUUCCCAGGUAUGACAGCAAACCUUAUCUUCUCGAAGGAAGAAGACCUUGACCUUGAAGAUCUCGAGAAUCUAUCCAAUGAAAUCUCUCGUGUCCAUGAUAACAUUGGGCACCGGUUGCCACCAUUGCGUCAUGGCCGUAAAUCCAUGACAGGUGGUGCAAGCAUGAUACAAAACAUGCUACCGUCAAGUUGUGUACCAUCGGAUCGCAUGAAGACUAUCCCUUCAUCGGUGCACUCAAUGUGGUCUCAUCAUCUUCCACAAUAUCAAGUGUGUUUGUAUCCACUACCGUCAUCACCAAGACACACUGUGGCACCACAUUUUCCUCAGGUGCCAGCAAUGAUCCACUCGUCACCAUCUGCUUCAGUGCCACAGUUGGAUACCGAGAUACAAACAACACCUAAUCAAGCACAUGAGCUACCUCCACCACAAGAUAUAACGGUCAAGGACUAUGUAAGUCCUUGUAACCUAGUGAACCCACAGAACAAUCUAAAACCUAACUCUACAACUGGGUACAAUUUGGAGGCCUCUCCACUAUUGUCCUACUCUGGUGGCAUAGAUUUUACCAUUGAUGGACCAUUUGGCUAUGAAUCAUGGGGCCAUGCUCCACCAGAGCAACCAUUCUACAAUGGAUUUGUAGAUAUGGGUGCUUACUUGGGCUAUAAUGGUGUUGAUGUAGGACAGUCUUCCAUGGGAAAUGAUGGAUGUGUUAAUGCGCCGCAGAAAUCUUCCUCUAGCUAGACGCUAGUCAGCACAACCAUUUUAGUGCUAUGUUAAAAUAAAGUCGUUCCAUUUCCAUUUGGAAAUUUGUAAUCAUUUGGACUGUUUACUAAGUCCA